AUGACAUCAACCCUUGAGGGAACUGCGAGUUGAAAGAAAGAAUUUACAGUCGUUCUAUGACAAAAAAGGCUAUGAGGAGUACGAAAAUGAUGGAGUUGCCUAUCAACAAGAGGAAGAUGAUGAUUGACGAGGAAAUAAGGUUACCAUUGCAUCAUUUAAAGGAAAGAUUGACCCAGAUACUUACCUAGAUUGGGAGCGCAAGAUGGAGCUAAUAUUUGACAGCUAUCAUUACCUGGAUAAGAGGAAGUUAACUCUAGCUUUGCUCGAAUUUAUGGAUUAUGCAUUAGUUUGGAGGGAUCAAUUGUGCACAAAGAGAAGGAGAGAUAGGCGCAUGCCUAUUGAGACGUUGGAUGAUAUGAGAGGUAGUGAUGGCAAUGGGGCAGGGGACGGGGAUCUCAAUACCCGUGCCCCGUCCCACACUACUACCAGUCGGGGCGGGUAAUACCCGCACGGGUACGGAGUGGGACAGGACGACCCACUCUUACAUGUCAUUUGAAAAUAAUACACGCAAAAUUUUAACUUUUACGAUAAAUUGAAGGAGAAAACACUAUGAAUGAAAAAUAGUGAUUAUAGAAUGGGUAAUUGAGUCUAACUUAUUGAAAGAUCAAGUCUAACUAGUUGAAAAAAGCCAAAAUAGGAGAAAUAUGAAUAGAUACUAUGAGAAAUUGUGAUAGAAUGGGUAAAGAAAGGGGCAAGGUGGAAGUAGAUACCCAUGCCUAUCCCAGGCUAGUACAAUUCAUGUUAUACCCGCCCCAUCGCUGGUCAGGUUGGAUAAUACCCAACGGGGUGGUUUCAAAUUGCCAUCCCUAUAUGAAGGGCAUCAUGAGAGAUCAGUUUGUGCCAAGUUAUCAUCAAUUUUAUAUGCACCAAAUAUUGCAACUUUUCCGACAAGGCAACAAGAGAGUUGAGGACUAAUAUCGAGAGAUGGAGAUGCUGAUGAUUCUAGUUGAUGUUCAUGAAGAUAGGGAGGCUACCAUAGCUCGAUUUUUAAAUGGCUUAAUCAAGUAAUUGGAAACAUUGUAGAGACCCAGCCCUUUGUCGAGCUUGAAGAUUUGGUGCUAUGUGUGGUAAAGUGGAGAGGCAAUAGAAGAGUAGAAGGUUUUACCUUCCACAAGCACCACUAGGCCUACUCCAAAUCCUACAACAAAUCCUAGGUCGAGUAUCCCUCCAAAAGAAGCACGAAAACUCGGGCCAUAGGUUGAAGCUCCAAACCCUAGCGCCAAACAAGGAGCAUCAUCUGGUGGGAUUCAAUGUUUUAAGUGCCAUUGGCGUGGGCAUAUUGCUUUGCAAUGUCCCAACAAGAGGGCAAUGAUUCUGUUAGAGAAUGGUGAGCAUGUAUCUGGAUCUAAAGAAGAAACACAUGAAGCGAAGGACACUUAUGAUUCUAAAAUUGAUGAGACUAAAGAGAUGGAAGCACCUCUGGGCAAGUUAUGUGUGGCUUGAAGGUUAUUGAACAUUCAACCUAAGGAAGAGCUUAAGCAAAGAUAGAACGUCUUCCAUACGAGGUGUGUAUUGGAUGGGAAGCUACUUUCGAUUAGUAGAGGGAGCUGCGCAAACGUGGUGAGUGCGAGUUGUGUCUAGAAGUUGGGGUUAAUGACCAAAAUUCAUUUAAAACCCUACACUCUUCAAUGUCUCAAUGAAAAUGGCUUGAUUAAGGUGGAGAAGCAAGCUCUACUUAAGUUUUCAAUUGCGGAAAUACUUGGAGGAGGUAAUGUGUGAUGUGGUGCCUAUGCAAGCGGCUCAUGUUCUACUUCUUAGGUCGUCGCAAUUCGAUCGAAAUGCACAACAUGAUGGCGUCACCAACAAGUACACAUUGUUGCAUCAAUGUCGAAAGAUCGUGUCAAAGCUCCUAUUUCCUAGAGAAGUUUACCAAUACUAACUUUAAAUACAACAAAACCUAGAGGAGGAGAGGAAGCUCAAGCCACGAGGAUCAGAAAGAAAGUUUCGAGUAACUUGGAGCCCAAGACAAUGAUGCUAGGACGAAGUGGAGACAUGAAGAAAGCUAUAAAUGAUCAAGAACCCAUGAUUGUCAUUUUAUACAAGGGUGUGCUACUCAACCAAGGGUUAAUUCAAGAAAUAUCACCUAGGGCACGAGUGGUAUUAGAAGAGUUCGAAGAUGUCUUUCCCGAGGAAUCUCCAAAGGGCUUACCUUGAAUUUGUGGGAUAGAGCAUCAACUUUACUUCAUUCCUAGAGCCAACAUCCCAAAUAAGGAGGCUUAUUGGACGAAUCCAGGGGAGACAAAGGAGUUCGAAGGCAGAUCGAUGAGCUCAUGGAGAAAGGACAUGCUCGAGAGAGCAUGAGUCCCAACAUAAGUUGAGGAUGUAUGUUGAUUGUCGAGCAGUCAACCAAAUCAAAUUUAAGUAUCAUC